AUGGAAACUUUGAAAUACCAUCUCACUUCAAUUCUGGGUGGCACUCCCAAGAUCCAAUCCAUUCUGAAUAUACAUCUUAGCCCCAAUUCCAAAACCAAAUUUAUCCAGAAUACACACCUCAAUUUCAAAAUCCAUUUUGUCACCCUUAUACAUCUCAAUUUCAAAUCCAUCUCAAUAACCCCUCAAUUCCAAAAUUCCUCUCAACCUUCUCAAUCAAAGCCACCCUCAAAGAAAAAGGAUGGGAAUUGGUCCGAAGAAGAAGAUAUAGCAUUGUGCAAAGCAUGGAUCAUGAUUGGUGAAGAUCCAGUGACGAGUACAGAUCAAAGUAUGGCUACAUUGUGGCAACGAAUUCAAGCUCAUUGGGUUAGGCAAUUGGGAGACAAGAUAACUGAAGAAAGAUCAUACGGUGCUCUGAUGAACCGUUUUUCAAACUUUCAACGUGAUGUAAACAAAUUUUCAGGAUACUACAAAAAUGUCCACGACAAACCAAUCAGUGGUUACAACGAGUAUGAUAUGAUGCAUUGCAACGUUAACGAAAAUCCAACUAGACGACCAAUGAAAAGAGGUGUUGAUCUUGAUAUUAAUGAGCCAAGAAAUUGGUCGGAAUCGACUCCAACAACACCAGGUUCAUCAACUCCUACAGUAUCAACUCCAGGGUCGGUAAAUCUUGGUGAUGACGAUACACCAGUCGAUAUCGAAGGUUCGAAUAUGUCACGUCCCGAGGGACAAAAAGUAAGGAAGAUUCGUAAAAAGAAAACGCUAUCUCUUGAAGCAAGUAUUCUUAAACAAUUGGAAGCUGUAAUAGCACAAGGCGUCAUGUUUGGUGAAGCAGGUGUGGAAGGAGAGCGAAUGAGACUUCAACUUUCCAUGGAGAAACAACGGACUAAGCAGCUGGCGAUAGAAUCAAAUUUGGAGAAAGAACGGACUAAACAGUUAGAAAUAAAAACAAGAGAAACGAUGGCUAAAAUGGAGUUUGAAAGAGAUAUAAUGCGUCAAGAUCCAUCGAAGGCUCCAACAGACGCAUUAAAGGCAUGGAUCAUUCAACAACAAAAUCAAAUCUUAAAUAAACUAAAUAAAGGUGGUGGUCAUAUGUAA